UUGUCACACAGUGUUUAAAAUUCAACAUUUUUCAAUGUCCGUUUGGUCUAAUUUUAGUGUGACUGCUCAUCUCUGUUGUGUUCAAGCAAGGCCCCGCCUCUUCCUCCUCCUUCGUCCCCCUCCUCCUCCAGGUAUAUGCACCAUCCCUGUCAUGCUUGUGUGUGCACACGGUGGGAGAGUCACAGCAGACCCACAGCAGCAACUCUCUUGACAUCCCAGCCGAGGCCCGCUGCAGACAUGGGGCGUCAGGAGGCCGACAACUUGUGGAAAAAAGACACGCAAGACAUUCAGGAGAUUUUUGACUUCAUGGAGGAGUUGGGAUCGGGGGCCUUCUCCGAGGUCUUCAUGGUGAGGGAGAAGAAGACGGGAAGGACGUUCGCAAUGAAGUGUGUCAAGAAGAAACAAACCAGGGACCUAACUUUGGAGAACGAGAUCGCCGUGCUCAGGAGAAUCCAACAUGAGAAUGUGGUGGGGAUGGAAGAUUUCUAUGAAAGUCAGACACAUUUCUACCUGGUCAUGCAGCUCGUGUCCGGCGGCGAGCUCUUUGACCGCAUCCUGGACCGAGGUGUGUACUCCGAAAUGGACGCCAGUCGCGUGAUCCAACAGGUGCUGCAUGCAGUCAGCUACUUGCAUCAAAAUGGCAUCGUGCAUCGAGACCUCAAGCCGGAGAACAUUCUGUACUACAGCCCAGAGGAGAACUCCAAGAUCAUGAUCAGUGACUUUGGCUUGUCCAAGAUGGUGGACAAGGGUGUUAUGUCCACUGCUUGUGGCACUCCAGGAUAUGUUGCUCCUGAGGUCUUGGCACAGAAGCCUUACAGCAAGGCAGUGGACUGCUGGUCUAUUGGAGUGAUCACGUACAUAUUACUGUGCGGCUAUCCUCCUUUCUACGAAGAGAGCGAGACGCGCCUCUUCUCCAAGAUCAUGAAGGCGCAGUAUGAGUUUGACUCGCCCUUCUGGGACGACAUUUCCGAAUCGGCCAAAGACUUCAUCCGAAACAUGAUGCAGAAGAAUCCCCUCAUGCGCUACACCACUGAGCAAGCGCUCAGGCACCCCUGGAUAAUCGGAAAGACGGCCCGCAGCCAGGACAUCUACUAUUCAGUCAGCGUGCAGAUCCAAAAGAACUUUGCCAAGUCCAAGUGGAAGCAAGCCUUCAACGCCGCCGUGGCCAUCAACCACAUGAAGAAACUACAGCUGGCGCACGCCGCGGCCGAGCAGGUCCCCAAGGCCGUUCAGAUCCCGGACAUCCACCUGGUCAAGGCAUCUUCCCCGGUCUCGCAGCGCAAGCGUCUCGAUGUGCACGGCGACCUGGAGACCGAAGGAAAAAUAGCGUCCCCGAACCACAUGAGGCUGCCCGCCAGCCACGUGGACCUCAAGUGCCACUUCUACCCACUGAAGACCAGCCACAGCACACAGCACGCGCCCACCAUCGCUGAGACGGGGAAGAACAUCUACCACUCAGAGCCCGCCAACCUCAACGGCUGUGGCAAAAACAGAAACGGAAAGAUCCUUCAGACCAGCGUUUGCUCUGUCAUGUGAAGCUUGGAUCAAGUUUACUUUGAGAACAAGUACUCUCUUCUUGGUAGGUCACGUUGCUGCGCUGUGCAGCCCAGCAGCAUCCGGCUGUUUUAUGUCUACAGCGCCAUCUGGCGCUGACAAUCGGAAGCGGUUGAUUUUCUGCCUGACCUGAGACGUCUGCAUCUGCAAGGGCUGCGCUGCAGCCAGUGGGCCACAUUUGUCACAGUGAUGUCGUCAUUUAGUUACGAAAGUGCCUAGGAGGCUUCCCCCAAAGAUCAAGAGUAAGCAGCAGACAUUUGCACGAAAUGCACCCAAAUGUCUUGAUUUGACAUGGCGAUCAAAGAGCAAUAUGAUGGUUUGCUUUAAGUAGGCUACUUUGCUCCCGGAGCUCUUGCGCGUCAUAUCAAGAUUUUGGUGAAAAAUAUUACGCAACCAAACGUGUUAUUGGGGUCUAAUUAGUGCGAUCCGGGAAUAUUCUACAGGAGAAAACGCAAGCACAUCUGCUAUUCAGAGGUUGUUUGUGGAGCUGUUUUUGUCAGCAUGCUUUUGGUCUCUGUUGUUUUUGUUUACUUUCUUGAAGCAGUAAUGUGUAUAUAUUCACUGUUAUAUGUGUGUGGAAGUGAUUCCUUCAUGAAGUGUUCAUGAAAUAGACCCCCUUGAAAUGGUUUUGUUUGGCCAAAUGAAUCACCAUUUGGACUGAUUUUUACAGGUGCCACAAUGAAUCGAUAAUUCUCGAUUAAGUAACCAUUAUCGAUUAAGUGACAAUUGAUUGCUGGGAGACCUUGUUUAACCCAAAAAUCACUUGAUAGUUUGGGCCGGGGCGUCGCCGACGGUCCGCAAUCCGCCGGGUGCGUGACGCGCUGUGUGACAGGGUCUCCCUCCACACUCGAUGGGCCCUUCGCAGGUGGAGCUGCACAGAAGGGAUCUCCACUUGUCCCUCCUGAGAUGGGAAUAGUGGAGUUUGGUAACCAUAGGCAGAUAUGAAUAGAAACCGACCAGUAGCUGAUCAAACCAGAGUAUUGUGCGCGUACUCCACCCCGGGCAGAUGGACAGCCCAAGACGAGGGACGCUGGAGAUAGCACCAUCGAGCCUCAAUCCAACAGGCAGACUAAGCGGAUGAUUUCCUUUCUUCAAAAACUCAUCAGAUUUUGCAAACAUUUUCAUCCUGUUGAAAAUGUAAGAUCUGUUGCCUCAGUGGCACCCCCUGGAUUUCUUUCGGGAAAAUUUAGUCGACGAAGCCACUUUGUAGCAGCAUGAAAUUCACAAGGCACGUCUACUUCAAGUAGAUGCAUAAAAAACAGAAGUCAUGUUGGAAAAAGGCAAAGUGUUGUCUGGCAUUUGGGAAUUAUUUUGACCAUUUCCUGU